AUGUAUAAUAAUUUAUUCAAUAUAACACAAAAUCAAUGUAUAUGUGAAAUGAUAAAAGUAAAUGAUUCAAUAUCUGCUUUAAAUUAUUUUUCAAAAAAUCAAACUUGUCAAUUAUUUCGUUCAAACGCUAGUACAAUUUAUAUUGAAUUUUAUUCAAAUUCUACUUUUAUAUUUCUUAAUCAAUCAUCAAUAACAAUACUGAAUAUUCAAGAGUAUCAACCGAGUACGUCAUCAUCAACACCGACAACAACCUCAAGUACAUCAACAUCAGCUACAGCAUUAGUAAACCCAUGUACAUCGGGUGGCUAUCGCUGGAAUACAACAGGCAUAACUAUAUUAAAUUCAACACAAAUAACACACGCUGCUCAUUUAUUUUUCGAUUCAAAUGAUACGUUAUACAUCGCUGAUGAAUAUGCGAAUUCUGUUAUAUGGAAAUUGCCAAAGAAUGCUGUCAAUCCCAUUCUCAUAGCUGGACAAGCGCUUUCAAGAGGCUCCAAUUCUAGUCAGUUCAAUCUUCCUCAAGCUGUUUAUCUUGAUUCAGAACAAAACUUGUAUGUGACCGAUUAUUAUAAUUACAGAGUACAAAAAUAUAUUAAUGGAUCGAACAUUGGAAUGACUGCAGUUGGUUUAAGCGGAACGGCAGGUACAGCAUCAAAUAUGCUUGGUGGUCCCCGCCAUCUCUGUUUCGAUUCAACAGAAACGUAUAUGUAUAUUGCAGACAGUGACAAUAACAGAAUUAUGCGUUUUCAAUCGAAUUCAACAAGUGGUAUCAAUGGAAACGUUGUCGCUGGAGGAAAUGGGGCUGGAAAUGGAACUACACAGCUAAACUAUCCAUGGGGAAUACAAUAUCUUCCAUCAAUAAGCACUUAUUUAUAUAUAACAAACUAUUAUGGACAUACAAUAAUGCAAUGGGCACCAGGCAAUACAUCGGGCAGUUUUAUAGCCGGUACGCCCGGUGUAUCAGGAUCAAAUGCUACACUUUUGAAUAAUCCAAUGGGUAUUAAAAUUGAUACCUAUUUGAAUAUAUUUGUUGUUGACUAUGGAAAUUCACGCGUUCAAUUGUUUUGUAAUAAUAAUCAGACGGGUACUACCAUUGUCGGUACUGGUACCGCUGGUGCCGGUGCGAAACAACUCAACAAUCCAAGAGGCAUCGCAUUUGACUCAUUGAUGAAUAUGUAUAUUGCCGAUUAUGGCAAUCAACGCGUGCAACAGUUUUUUAAACUCUAA